AUGGAAAAUUGGUUUCCGCUUGGCGACGUGACAUCAGUGGGCGUGGUGAGAUCAAAGUCUGAAUGUGGACUUCACUGCUCGGCUGUUGGUUGGUGCAUGUCCAUCAUAUACGACUCAGCCAAUAACACCUGUUAUCUUAACGACGUGUUGUUCACAGACGUAUCCAAUGGCUACUGGAGGCAGAAUACGACUCACUUUCAAGUGAAGAGUACUGUAACUGUACCUGAGGGUAAUGACUGCAAUGCUUUCACCGGAAUUUGCAUAAAUCUAUUGUCUUCUCUUCACAAUUGGAAUGAUGCGUUCGACGCAUGUGCGGCAAAAGGUGAACGAUUUCUUUUGAUUGAUAGCGCUGACAAGCAGUUGGAGGCCGAGCAAUUCAUGCAGGAUCAAGGUCUUAGCUCUUUAUGGAUUGGGUUGACUGACCAAGUAACCGAAGGAGUAUGGCUUGACGGGGAGGGAAAUAUUAUGGAGUACAGCAGCUUCGCUUACGGACAGCCGGACAAUGGAGGUAGUAACCAACACUGCGCGCUGAUGAGAGCCAACUAUGGAUAUAAGUGGGAUGACUUUAUCUGUAGUCAUAAAACGUAUGUCGUCUGUGAGAUGAUCUUAGCUAUGUAG